UUAGUUUGAAAUUUUUUAUUACACUUUUAAUUAUUUGUAAAACAUUUAAAUAUUUAAAAAAAAUUCAAAUUAUCAGUAAAUAAUUUAAAUUUAGAGCGAAAUUUAAAAAUAUGGAUAAUUUACGCGGAUCUACUGCUGAUGGAAUAAUUAAAAAUCUUUCUGAAAACCCGCCUGAUAUGAUCGACUGUUAUCGUCAAAAAAUAUCUUGGAGUAAAAUACUGACGGCACUGAAUGAAUUUAUUGAUAAAUUUCGAACUGUUAAUGAGCAUGAUAUUGAUAAGCUGAGUCAUAAUAAUGAUAAGAAAAAAGAGCUACAAUUAAAUGGUGAUCAAAAUAGAAAUAAGAAAUUACCUCAGUCGUUAGAAAAAAUUACGAUACAAGAAAGAAUCGCCAGAGAUUAUCAACGCGAGUUGCGGAAAUUAUGCGAACGUAGUUUUUGUCAAAUAAAAAUGCAGGAUCCAUGUGAAAUUUGUUGCUGUGCCCCGUGUGUUAAACAAGAAGAGGAUGCUUGCGAUGGUGUGCCUCGUAUUAAACGGCCUCCAAAAUGUCAAUGCGGCCGGGCGAUGAUCAAAGAAAAAGAAUGCUGCGACGCAUGUGAAAAUUCACUCAAAAGAAUUUGAAUUUCUUAUCAUUAAAUCUUAAAAUAAACGAAUCGGAAAAUUUGUUUGUACGACGAAAGGUCAUAAACCUUCGCUCCGACUUUGGCCUUGGCCUUAAGCUCAUUUGUAAAUAAUAAUUACAAUUAUUAUUUUAAUUAAUCUAUACCGCUCUAAAAUAUUUAUUUACU